CUCCCUCUCUCUUUCUCGUCCUUCUUUUUUUGAAUUAUUCCAUCUGUCAUUUUUUUUAGACAUGAUGGGAAUUAAAAAAAUAAUUAUAAUCUUAUGCCUAUUAUUAGCAACUUUUUGCUUGACAUUAGGCAUUAACAAAAACUAUGUUAUUCUAAUCUUUGUAAUUCCUUUUGCUAGUCUUUGCUCUUUAUUAGCUCUUAACACAGCCGUACUUUAUAUUUAUCUAAAAUAUUUUGUUUCUCCGCAAGUUAAUCAUCGUAAUAAACAAAAAUCAAUAGCAACAGAACACUUUAAACCAUUACGAUUAACUUCUCACUUUAGUCGGUCUUUGUUUCAAAAAACACAGCAAUCAGAUAAUGAAGAAAUAAAGAUAUCUUUAACAAAGGAUGAUCCAGCUAUAAAUACAGUAUUUAAUUUAUUAUUAAAGUAUGUUCUACGUGAUUUCAUUCAAUCUUGGUAUGUGAAAAUUACAAAUAAUCCCGAUGAGCAAUCGUUUCCUGCAUCUGCUGAAAAUAUCAUACGAACAGCUGCUAUCAAUCUUUCUAAUCGGCUUCAACAAACUGACCUAUUACAGUUAUUGGUAACUAAGCUUAUUCCGCGCAUUACGUCGCACAUUUCUGAUUUCAAGAAAGCAGAAAUUGCUUUAAGAGGUAAAUCGCUUGAGCGAUCCGUGACACAGUCAGAUGAGCUUGAUCUUCUUUUAGCUUCACGAUUCCGCUCGUCAUCAUCGUCAUCGUCAUCAUCAGGUAAUAAGGGAGAAAUUGGGCUUCAUAAGGCUUUAACAAGCGUUGCUGUAACAACAACAAAGCCAACCGAAAUCGUUUACCUUCGACAAUUGAUUGACCGUAUCUUGCCUUUUUUAAUUGAUGCUAAAGAUAUUGAUAGCGGUCCUGUUAGAAUAAUCAUACGGGAAAUUAUCUCAAAUUUGGUUUUACAGCCUGUCAUGGAUAUGCUGGCAGAUCCAGAUUUUUGGUGUCAAAUGAUAGAUAAUUAUUUAGGAAAAGCCAUUAUAGAACAGGAAAUGGUUCAACAAUUACGUGAAGUAUUAGAUCGACAUUCAACUACGCAUGAAGGAAUUGAUCCGGAAGAUGUUAUGGAUGAUAUAUUUCAAAAUAACUAUUCAAGUAAAAAGGAAAUAGACAAAAAGUCAUUAUCGACCAUACAAAAGAGAGAAAAUGAUGGUAAAAAGAGGAUAAAAAUGGGUCCUCGAAGUCAACUUUCAUCAGCUUAUCUUGGUACAGGCAUUGUUGUUCAUGUAGAGGAAAAUAAUGACCCCUUCGAUGAUAAUGAUGAUAAUGAUAAUGACAAGAAUGAAGAAGAUGAAGAUGCUCUAUUUAAAGACCCUACAGAAAAUGUUUCAAAUGAUUAUUUAUCAAUGUUUGGUAGUAAUAAAUUCUUUAAGCUGCCGUUAUAUGAUAGCACUAAUGCAUAUAAUACACAAUCACUUAAAAAUAAGAGACAACAUUCAAUGCUCAACAGACGCUCUUUUCAAGAUUUUUUACAAAUGAUACAGGAAGAAAAAAAUUUAUUAGAUUUAAAAAGAGUUCGAAAUGAUAUUAUGACUCAAAUAAGAAAAAAGAAAGCACAGAUUGUUGAUCGAGAUCCUGAAGAAAUUGUAGAUGGUGAAAAAGUAGAGGAUAUUCUUCUUUAUAUCAAUCGCCUUAGUAUCGCAAAGAAGCGAGUAGAUAAAAGGAUUAAAGCAUUAUUAGGCGAUCAGUUUGAUUUAAAAAACUCAACUUCUCAGUUGUUUGAUGUAGGAAACAGCAAUAGUAAUGCUAAUGCUAAUAAUACCAGGAAACAAGAUACACAUUAUUAUUCAUUAGAAGAUAUACUGAUGAAUACAUCUGGAUUAUCAUAUUUCAUGGAGUUUUUGGAACGUCGAGGGGAUAUAAUUAAGUUACAAUUUUGGUUAAUCGUCGAAGGAUUUAACAACACAGAAAUAAAAACGAUUGAAGAAAAAAAGACAUUUUUAAAGGAUGUAAAAAUGGUUUAUGAAAUGUAUUUUACAGAUGAAAGUAAUGUAGCUACACAGCAUCGACUUCUUUAUCACGUUGCAAAACCAUUAGUAACAGAUUUAAGAAAUGCAAUUCGAUUAGCUGAAAAUUCAUUAACGACAAAGGUGAAAAAUAAUGAAAUGGAUAGUGUAACUUUUGGAAAUUAUAUACGUGAAUUACAUUUAUGCUUAUGUCGUAUUCAGCAACAAACUUUUUGGGAAAUUGAAAAGGAACAUUUUCCUUAUUUUAAACGAUCCGAUCUUUAUUUCAAAUUUUUAUCUUCUGCUCCUCCACCUACUAAUGAUGAUGUGGAUACAUAUCGAGUAAGACGAAGUUUAGAUGAAACAACUUUAUAUAAGAAUGACCAUAGCAAUAAUUUAUCCACUACAGCUAAAUUUUCUUUGUUAAAUUCAUCAUCAACAACAUCUAUUUACCGUAUUAAUGCUCAUAAUCGUCCGGCUUCUAUUCAUGAAGCAUCAUUAACAUCACCAGUUAAAGUACUUGCUACACCUACAUUAUCUACCCCUUAUCCAUCAGCAAUAGAUUAUCAUCCUGUAGAAAAUAGUCGAUUAGUAUCAGCGCAUUUGAAAGCAUCCUUAUCAGCAUAUAAUGGGAAAACAAGAAGACAUCAACGUGCUCUUUCGGAUUCUUCUGCAAAAGCAUCUUCUAAUUCGAGAUUUUUAACUUUCUCUAAUAUGUUUACUACUAAUCGACUUUGGAAUAAUGUACCUGAUGGACAACAACACUCUAUUACAGAUUAUUCAUCAUCAUCUGUACCUUCUUCUAUUAAAUCAUUAGAUAUAACGACUGAAGAUGAUGACGAUGUUGAUGAUGAUGACAUAAUAGUUAAUGAUAAAAGGGAGCUGCAGCAAACAAGGCUUGUUCAAAGUAACACAGUAGAGGCUGUUGAAGCAGAGUUAAGAUCGAUUUUAGAUGGAAAGAAUAAUAGCAAUAUAAAUGAGAAACUAGCUGAGUCAAAAAAACCUGUUAUGGAUACGGAUGAAGAUAUUAAAGGAAAGCAGUCUAAAUCAGUAUAUAAGCCCCAAUCAUUACCUAGCGCUGUUAUAUUCCCUCCAUCGAUAUCAUCCUCACCACCUGUCUUGAAGCCUUCAUUAUCAUCAUCUACACUUUUAUUACGCGGCUCUAAGGGUACAAAAUCAAGUACAGCUGUUCCUGUACAAAACAUUUAUACUUUACCCUCCUGGACAUCUUCAGGUGGCAUUAAAACGAUUUCAGAGAUCGAACAUAACACACUUGAAUUUACUAUGCCACCAUCUACUCUAGAUAACGAAAGUGAAGAAAGUAUUCGUAGUAAUAAUUUUAAUCCUAAUGAUAGUAAUAAAGAUAAAAAGAAGUUAUCAGUCAAAAAUGAAGUGAAUAUAACCAAUAAUGAAAGAAAAAAAAGUAUAUCAUUGUCUAAUAUUGCUGAAGAUGAUGAUUUAGAUAGUAAUGAAGAAUCAUUAUCGUCAAAUAUAAGUAAUAAUGUACAUUUUGCGCCUCCUGGUGAUCUCAUGCUUGCGACAAAGAUUCGACAACUUUCUGAAGAAAUGGAAAAGCUGAAAGGACAAGAAGCAAUUGUGGAUGCUUUAAUUUUGAAGGCUGAAUCACAAAACAAAGUUGAGGAACUUCGUAUUCUAAAAAAGUCAAAAACAGUCUUUCGACAAGAACUUCAACAGAUGCAAUAUCAAAAAUUACAAUAUGAAUUACAAGAAAUGGAAAAUGUGUUGAUUCCAAAACGAUCUCAAAUAAAAAUAACUAAUGCUACUAUGGGAACAGAUCAGCAUGGUGAUUUUGCUCUCUUAUAUGUGAUUGAAAUUCAGCAAUUAGACAUCAAUAAUAACUUUGCAUCAGGCUGGAUCGUAGCAAGAAGAUAUAGUGAAUUCUUUAAUUUACAUCAACAGUUGAAAGAAAAGUAUCCAAGAUUAAAGAUGAUAGAUUUUCCCGCAAAAUGGCCCUCAUUAUUAAAUAAAUUACAGAAAUCAUUUGUAGAGGCACGAAGGAUGAGUCUUGAACGGUACUUGAGAGCGUUGAUAAAGGAUCAUGAAAUUUGUCAAAGUCAAGAGUUAAGAUCGUUCUUAUCACAGCAAAGUAGCUUUAUUUCAUCUACUGAUAAUAGAGCUGCGGAAUGGCCAUUGGUUGGAGACAAAACAACAACUUCUUCUAGUAAUUCAUCCCUGCAGUCGCUAUUAUUAGCAUCAUCAUCAUCAUCCCCUUCUGUCCAAAAUCUUCAGAAAUCGAUAGCGUUGAUAAACAAUCACGACCCAGACUUAUUAUUGCAGAAGAAGCCAUCAAAGGGAUUUAUGCGACAUAUCUAUAAAACAGUCGCUGCAGGCAUCGAUGAUAUUCUUGUUGGACCUUCUAUGUUAGAUUUAAUCACUCAACGUUUAGGAGAACAAGUAAUGGAGUUUUCACAUGAAAAUAAUAAUAAUCAUCAGACAGGUUUUAAUUACGGCAAUAAUUCGAAACAGAUACCAUCAACGACAGACUCUACAGCUACAACUAAUUUGCCUGAUUCACUUAAAACAGAAGGUAUUACAAGAUUUACAGAACCCCUUUGUGAUUUAUUUAUUGAAAUGUUUGAGCUGAAAGAUAAAACGAAUUGGUUAAGAAGACAAGCAGUUGUUAUUAUUAUUCAGCAAAUUUUAGAAGGAACUAUUGAAAGAAAAUUAAAGGAAACAGUAAAGCACCUCUCCUCAUCGUCAAUGAUUGUAUUUUAUUUUAAUAAUAUCAUAGAUAAUCUAUGGCCUGAUGGUGGGCCAUUAAAAUUUAAGGAACCAAGAAAAUUAGAGGAAAAAAUUCAUACAAGAGAAGAAGCUAAUCGAAAAUUAUCUACAUGGUUACCAGAUCUACUUGGUAAUAUGGUAGGUAGACAGAAUGCACGAAAAGGUGCAAGAAGAUUAUUUACAGUUCUUCAGAACAAAAGAUUAAACCAAGAUUUAAUAUACACGCUACUGGAUGAAAUCAUUUACGCUUUAUUUCCUGAAUUAUCACCUAUAGUUUCUGUAGAUGAAAGCAAAAAAUAA